CACAAUGUGCCAUGCCAUGACCCGUCUUACAUAGGUAGUACCUUAGUUAGGCCUUGGUUCCAUGCUCGCCGCUCCCAAUCCCGCAUGACAGAGAGCGCCAAUUCAUUCAUGAUCUUGUCCUGCACUCACUCUUUUUCCCUCUACAGCUCUGCGAGUCGCGCGAAGAGCAGUGCAAUUUUGUCCCUCUAGUCGCUAUCUACCUUACUGUGCUCUACUCCUAAACGGCAGAAUCAGAACUCUCCUCAAUUUUGAAUUCGCCGCCUCCAAACUUUGUCACUUCGCCUCCCUCCCACUCGCUCCUCAUCUUAUAACGUCGUGUCCGAUCGGUCUCCCCGACCUCUUGAAAUCCAGACCUAACCUAAUCACUCCACGAUUCUGUGUCGUCCUCCAACCACCCUCCACAGACGAUCGUCCUCCUCUUGAUCGCCAACUCUCAGACAAACGGCGACUGAUUCUUGUUCUUUUGGCUGGGACUUGUCGCAAAGGCUACACAAUUACGGAUACCGGAGCGGAUAUCUCGUGAUCCUAGGAGCUUGCUCAACCCCCUCAAACCCCCCUCCCUGCACUACUUCCGUGGACUCCGUCUCACUGGGCGCGUGUCGGAUUUGUGUCGCAGAGGUUGUCGCUUGUAAAGUUUUAUCAGGCCAAUCCUUUUUCCGAGCUUCAUCGAAUCACACCGGGAGAUCCUACCUCGGCCGACCCAUUGGCGCUCACAUCGCAUCCGAUUCACCAAAGAAAUUAUACAGUCAACAUCACAAAUCGCCCAUCAUGUCCAAGGUAAUGCGAAGCGUCAAAAAUGUGACCAAGGGUUACUCUAGCGCCCAGGUCAAGGUCCGAGAAGCUACCAGUAAUGACCCAUGGGGCCCGACCGGCACUCAAAUGAGCGAGAUUGCUCAAAUGACAUACAACACAUCCACCGAGUUCUACGAAAUUAUGGAUAUGAUCGAUAAGCGUCUCAACGACAAGGGAAAGAAUUGGCGUCACGUACUCAAAGCCCUCAAGGUUCUGGAUUAUUGUCUUCACGAGGGUUCAGAACUCGUCGUUACAUGGGCUCGACAGAGUAUUUAUAUCAUCAAGACUCUGCGAGAGUUCCAAUAUGUUGACGAAGAUGGCCGCGAUGUCGGACAAAACGUCCGAGUUGCUGCCAAGGAGUUGACUUCACUCAUUUUAGACGAAGAAAGGCUGCGGGCCGAGCGAAGCGACCGAAGAUCCUGGAAGUCGCGCGUCACUGGCCUUGAGGAGUUUGCUCCUCAACAUGCUGAGCCUGUGAACCAUGGAACCCGACGACAGCAGCCGAGAAGACAGAUGAAUGAAGAAGAAGACGCUGAGUACCGUCUAGCUCUGGAGGCAAGCAAGUACCAGGAGGAGGAAGACAGGAAGAAGCGCGAAAGCAGACAAAACGGACCAGACGACGAUGACGAUUUGGCGAAAGCAAUCAAGCUUAGCGAGGAAGAGGAAGAACGAAGGCGCAGGGAACUCGAGAACAGCAACGCUGCCUCUCUUUUCGACGACGAUCCUACUCCUCAGCAGCAAACCAGCCAGCCACAGUACACUGGCUUCAACCAAGGAUACCAGCAAGGAAACCCUGUGGACUUCUUUGCCAACCCUAUUGAGCAGAACCAACCCCAGCCUACUGGCUACAUGAACAACGCGUAUACUGGAUUCCAGCAGACCCAACCCACUGGCUUCCAGCCAACUUAUAACACCGGUUUCAAUGGCCAGCAGACAGGCAUGGGCUUCGAUCCCUAUGGUCAGCAACAACAGCAAAACCAGCAAGGUUUUCAACCCCAGCCCACAGGCUUCAAUCCCUACCUGCAACAGCAGCAGCAGCCCCAACAGCAGUCGUUCUCAUCACCUGCUUCUCCUGAACCUACUCUCCAGCCUGGUAGCAAUAACCCCUGGGCAACCAACAACAGUCAGCAGCAGUUGCAACCAACUCCCACUGGUUCCAACAACCCUUUCGCCCAGUUCAGCCGUCCUCAAUCCGCCCGACCAAACCCAAUUUCGUCUCUUGGUGCGCUUCCUGAACAGAAGAGCCUCAACUCCUUUGGCAACCAACCUCAGACUCAGCCCCAGCUCCAGCAGCAGAACAGCUUCCCCUUGCAGUCACAAAAUAAUUUCUCUCAGUCGCAACCAUCAUUCGCCGCUCCUCAAAAGGAGAUGAACGAGCACGAGACACGACUCAACACUCUGCUUGCGAGCGGUGACGGCAUGGACACCUUUGGUAACACAGGCAACCUUCGCAUUCCCGCCCAGCACACAGCCCCUGGCACGUUCGUCAACAGUGCCGGUGCAGGAGUUGCCCGCAUCAACGCUGAGGCUACUGGCAACAACCCCUUCCUUCGACAGCAGUUCACGGGUAUGCCCACAGUCAACUAUGGCGCUCAGAUGCCUGCUGCGACUGGACCCGCUGGCAUGAAUGGACAGACGAACAAUCCCUUCGCCCAUCAGCAGGCACCACAGCAACAACAGCAGAACCACGACUUGAUCCAGUUCUAAGUUGAGUUCCUAAAUCGAAAUUUACGCCCUUAUAUCGGUGACUAGCUAGUUGUGUGAUGGAUUGAUUGAUUACCCCUGACUUUUCUUUGUUGUACGUUCAUCUUCAUAUCCCGGCUUGAACCCGAUUCCCGUUUUUUGGGUAGGCGAAGGAUGGUAUUCCCCUGUUCUCGGUACAUUAUUAUGUUAUUGGACCAUCGUUGAGUCUGAUAUUUGGGUGGCUUAGUUGUGAUGGGAGAAUGGGAAAGCUUUUGUGAUGGAUUCUGGGAUUUUAGACAGCGCAUCUAGCGCAUUCGAAAAAAAAAAAACAAUUCUUAGAUGUUAUUGAAAUCUACCCAUUGACUCCGCUGUAGCCAUUUUACGCC